AUGGUGUCUAGCGCGGCAUCAACCGUCUCUGCGACGCAUACAGAUGGAGGACUCGAUGAUGAGUCCGGAGACGCGCAGCUGCAAUUACAGCGCAAGAUAAGUCAGGCCGUAGACGAAGGACAUGACGCAGAUAUCCCGUCGAGCCAGGGUUUUGUGCUCGACGAGCAAGAGGAGCUUAAACGACAGCGAUCGAAAGCCGAGCGGAGGCGAAACUCUUUCGCUAGCAAGAAAAGUCGGGCGGACCGUGAUGUUGAGAAAGCGCAAGUGCCUGGCGAAGGGGCGCUGUCAAGUAGCAACGAUGACGAAGAUAGUGAUAGCGAUCCUAACAUUGUCUGGUGGACCGGUCCCGACGACGUAGAGAAUCCUUAUAAUUGGCCGACGUGGAGGAAGGUUCUCAACUGCGGACUAAUAAGUGCCAUGACUUUCGUUUCCCCUUUAGCAUCAUCCAUAUUCGCACCCGGCGUUCCUCAAGUGGUAGCUGAAUUUCAUUCGACAUCCUUGGAAAUCGCCGCGUUCGUAGUUUCGGUGUACGUGUUGGGCUUCGCAGCGGGUCCUAUGUUAUUUGCGCCGUUGUCUGAGAUAUAUGGUCGAGUUAUCCUUUACCAUAUCGGAAACCUAGGAUUCGUCGCCUUCCAGGUCGGAUGCGCGCUUUCUCCAACGCUAAACGCCCUCAUAGUUUUCCGAUUUUUUGCUGGUGUCUUCGGUUCCGUAGCGAUUACGAAUGGCGGCGGCACGAUUGCUGAUAUGGUCACGCAAGAGAGGCGAGGGGCCGCGAUGGCUGUUUUUAGCAUCGGUCCGCUUCUAGGUCCUAUUAUUGGACCCGUUGCUGGAGGUUUCCUAACUGAUGCUGAGGGCUGGAGGUGGUCGUUCUGGCUUCUGGCCAUUGUUGGCGGGUUUCUUUCCAUUCUAAUGAUAUUUUCUCUUAAGGAAAGUUACGCCCCCGUAAUCCUUCAGAAGAAGGUAGCCAAGUUGCGUAAGGAGACAGGAAACGAUUUACUUCGAUCGAAACUCGAUGCUGGUUUGUCGCCCAGGGACUACUUUAAGCGGGGUAUCAUUCGCCCCUUUAAGAUGCUGUUCCUUUCGCCAGUCAUCGCUAUCACGUCGCUUUAUAUGGCUGUCACAUACGGCUAUCUCUAUCUAAUGUUUACGACUAUAACCGAGGUGUUCCAGGGAUACUACGGCUUCUCAACAAGCACUGUUGGAUUGGCGUUUAUUGGACUUGGCGUGGGAAGUAUGCUUGGUAUCUUCCUUUUCAGCGCUACAUCGGAUAAAUAUAUCAAGAGGAAAGCUGCGGAAGCCGAUGCGAUAGCCCAAGCUACCGGCGCACCUAAAGCUGGCAUGAAGCCAGAAUAUCGGUUGCCGCUGCUCCCCGUAGGAGCCCUUCUAAUUCCCGCAGGUCUAUUUAUCUACGGGUGGACAGCCGAAUAUAGGGUCCAUUGGAUUGUACCUAUCAUCGGAACAGCUGUUGUUGGCAUCGGAAACUUGCUUGUCUUUAUGGUUAUUCAAUUAUACUUGGUCGACGCCUUCACCAUUUACGCCGCCUCCGCCCUAGCAUGCAAUACGAUUGUUCGAUCUUUGGCUGGUGCCGUACUCCCGCUGGCUGGACUGCCGAUGUACGAAAAACUGGGUAUCGGCUGGGGUAACAGCACACUAGCAUUUAUCGCCGUCGCCCUUUUUCCUGUAUCACUGGUCAUAAUCAAAUUUGGAGAACGUCUCAGGAAAAGAUUCGUUAUAAAAAAUCUCUAG